AUGGUACAGUCCCGCGAGACUGGCGAGGUGUUGCCUAAUGCCGUGCCAGAAGCCUCGCCGUUUGCCAAAUCGUGGGCUCACUUUGUAGCUGGAGGCGUCGGCGGCAUGACGGCAGCAGCGGUCACCGCACCUCUUGAUGUACUGAAGACUCGACUCCAAUCCGACAUGUACCAGACGCAAGUACGGGCCUCACGAGCGGCGCACGCCCAGCUAGGCUCACUCAACCUGGUGCGGUCGGCGAGCCUGCACCUGCAGGAGACAAUACAGAUCCUGGCGUCAGUGUACCGAGUAGAGGGUGCUCGGGCGCUGUUCAAGGGACUGGGGCCGAACUUGGUGGGUGUAGUGCCGGCGCGGAGUAUCAGUUUCUACACAUACGGCAACGGCAAGCGGCUGAUCGCGCAAUACGGGAAUGGAGGUCAGGAGGCGGCGUGGGUGCACCUGUCGGCGGCGGUGAUGGCGGGCAUUGUGACGUCGACAGCAACGAACCCCAUUUGGAUGAUCAAGACGCGACUGCAGUUGGACAAGAACGUAGCGGAGCAGAGCGGGGGCGUGACGCAGCGGCGUUAUCGCAACAGCUGGGACUGCACUCGCCAGAUCCUCCGCCAAGAGGGUGUGCGCAGCCUUUACAAGGGCAUGAGCGCCAGCUACCUAGGCGUGGCCGAGUCCACCAUGCAAUGGGUCAUGUACGAGCAGAUGAAGCGCUACCUCGCUAACAGGAACGACUUCAUUGAGCGCAGCGGGCGGGAGAAGACGGUGUGGGACAAGGCCGUGGAUUGGACAGGCAAGGUGUUUGCCGCGGGCGGGGCGAAGCUGAUUGCUGCCGUGAUUGCGUACCCUCACGAGGUUGCUCGAACGCGACUUCGCCAAGCCCCCAUGGCCAAUGGACGACCUAAAUACACUGGCCUCGUCCAGUGCUUCCGCCGCGUCUGGAUUGAGGAAGGUCUCGCUGGGCUCUAUGGAGGCAUGACUCCUCAUCUCAUGAGGACGGUUCCCAGUGCCGCGAUCAUAUUUGGCAUGUACGAAGGCAUCCUGCGCGUUUUUGGCACUACCUCAUAA